AUGUAUGACGCGGUGCAGCUCUUCGCUAAGGCCCUCGACGACCUAGAUCGCUCCCACCACAUUAAAGUCACACCGCUAGACUGUGACGCAGACAUCACCUGGAUGCACGGCAACUCCCUCAUCAACUAUAUCAAGUGGGUACAAGUGAAUGGACUCACAGGAAUCAUUAAAUUCGAUACAGAAGGAUUCCGACGAGACGUGACACUUGACAUUGUGGAAUUGACCAAGGAGGGUCUGAUACGUGUUGGCAGAUGGGAGCCGAUCAACGGUGCCAACUACACGAGGUCAUACAGCGAGGUGCAGAGGGGCAUCGUGGCGAGCCUCCAGAACAAGACUCUCAUGGUCACCAGCAUCCUCGCAGCCCCUUACAAUAUGCUGAAAGAAACACCAGUGCAGAUAACUGGCAACGACCGUUACGAGGGCUUCUGUGUUGAUCUCAUCCAAGAAAUCUCCAAAGUAUUGGGGUAGUACAACAUUAGGAUUGCUGCCGACGGAUCCCAUGGAAAAUAUGACCGUAUGAAGGGAAAAUGGAACGGCAUGAUAGGGGAGCUUUUAGAUCAGAAAGCUGACUUGGCCAUCGGUGACCUGACAAUUACGUACGAACGUGAACAAGUGGUUGACUUCACCAUGCCAUGGAUGAACCUUGGUUCUUCUGUUAUUUAUCAAGAACCAACCACUAAGAAACCCCCCAUGUGUUAGCUUCUGUCACCGCUGUCGCUGGACGUGGGUUGUACAACUACUGCUUACCUUGGCAUCUCUCUCCUCCUCUUUGUUAUAGCAAGAUUAAGUCCUUAUGAAUGGGUCACAUCCUAUCCACGUAAACAAGAUAAGAAGAAAACCAAAGAAAACCAGUUUAACCUCUUCAAUUCUCUUUGGUUCACAAUGGGAAGUUUACUACAGCAAGGCACAGAGCAGCAGCCUAAGGCGGUGUCUACCCGCGUUGUGGCCGGCAUCUGGUGGUUCUUCACUCUCAUAAUGAUAUCUUCGUACACUGCCAACUUGGCCGCCUUCCUCACCGUCGAACGGAUGGAGUCGCCUAUCGAGUCGGCCGAGGACCUGGCCAAACAGACCAGGAUCAAAUAUGGCUCCCUCUACGGCGGCUCCACCUGGGAUUUUUUCGCUAAUUCCAAGAUGCCAACUUACCAGCGAAUGUUUAGUUUUAUGGAGUCUCAAACUCCAUCUGUUUAUACGAAAUCCAAUGAAGAAGGCGUGAAGAGGGUUCAGAAGGGUGAUGGACAGUAUGCGUUCAUGAUGGAAUCCUCCAGUAUAGAGUAUAUCACUGAGAGGUACUGUGACCUCACUAAGGUUGGGGGACCACUCGACUCCAAGAGCUACGGCAUCGCGCUACCUCCAGGUUCACCCUUCACGAAUGCCAUCACGGGGGCAAUACUGAGCUUGCAAGAGGAAGGUAAACUCCAGGCCCUGAGGACGCGCUGGUGGAAGCAGGAAAAGGGAGGAGGACAGUGUAAAGAUGACGAGUCUAAGAGCUCGUCCAAAGCCAACGAACUUGGUCUCAACAACGUUGGAGGCGUCUUCGUGGUGCUCCUCACUGGUAUGGGUCUCGCCUCCGUAGUCGCCGUUUGUGAGUUUAUCUGGAAAUCAAGAAAAUUGGCUACUGAGAAACAUGUGAGUGUUUCUGCUUUCUCCAGUGUUGAUGAAGACAUUUUCCUUCCCAUCUGGAUAGCAAAGUUUGUUUGGCAAAUAUAUUAUCGUUUGUGCUCACCCUAA